AUGCAGAUCGUUAUAUUCAGCGCCGAGCCCUACGACCGGCUCGCUCUCGACGAUGUCAACCGUUCUUUCGGCCACGAACUUGUUUACCACGAAGCAGCCCUAUCCGAGAAGACAGCCGUGUUAGCUUCCGGCUUCCCGGCAAUCUGCAUCUUCGUCAACGACCAAGUGAACGCCAACGUCAUCCAAACCCUAGCCCAAAACGGCACCAAGCUGAUCGCUCUCCGCUGCGCUGGGUUUAACAACGUUGACCUCGCCGCCGCAGAUGCGGCGGGUAUCACCGUCGUCCGCGUCCCAGCAUACUCCCCCAACACGGUUGCAGAAUAUACACUGGGCCUAAUCCUCUGCCUAGAACGGAAGAUCCACAAAGCCUACCUUCGCGUCCGCGAGGAGAACUUUGCGCUGAACGGCCUCCUCGGCUCCGAAAUGCACGGCCGCGUAAUGGGGAUCGUGGGCACUGGCAAAAUCGGAGGGUUAGUCGCUCGAUAUUUCACAGCCGGGCUUGGCUGUGAGGUCCUUGCGGAGGAUGUCUACCAUAAUCCAGAGGUGAUCGCCAUGGGGGUCAAAUACGUGAGCGUUGAUGAAUUGUUCCGGAGAGCGGAUAUCAUCUGUCUACACCGUCCACUCACCCCGAACACUCGCCAUAUCAUCAAUGCGGACACGCUUCGUAUCACCAAGCCCGGUGUGGCCAUCAUCAACACCGGGCGUGGGGGGCUGAUUGACAGUGCUGCGCUCUUGGACUCCCUGGAAAGUGGCCAUGUGGGCGGCGCAGCUCUUGAUGUGUAUGAGAAUGAGAAGCAGCUGUUCUUCCGCAAUCUUUCGGAGAAAGUCAUCUCAGAUCGCAUCUUCCGGAGGCUGAUCACAUUGCCGAACGUCCUGAUAACGGGCCAUCAGGCAUUCUUCUCUGCCGAGGCUAUGAAAUCCAUCGCAAACACGACUCUCGAGAAUGUGACCCAAUUUCCAGCUGGCAAGGUGGAUAAGGAAGUGAUAGUAUCUGCGAGAUAA